UUGGAGCAAAACAGCAGCCUGUAGGCUUGGCCUUUAUUGAACUGUUGCAACAGGGUGCUCCCCUCACUUGCAGGUGAGAGGAAGGACCCACAAAAAUGGUGUGCAAGACCUUAUAAAGACUUUUGAAAUUGCCACCCUGUAGAUCAAGACCACCCCCAGAAACAUACAUCACAGAAAGGAGGGGUUGAGGGAGGAGUUGUGGUGGUAACCUGAGUGUCCUGUCACCUGGCUGGUUCCCCCUUUCCCCCUCCCCACGAGUACUUUCCAGGUGACAGAGGGGAGUUUGCAGUUUCCUGCCCCCAAAGGGAAGAGCUGAUUAUUGUCCUUUGUUCCACUCCAUGCUGAAUCCACUCCCAUAUGCAAGUUCUUUGUGAUCUUGAUUGUCUUCUGUCUAGGACCAUCAGGGUUGGCAUAGCAACUGGGCAGGGCUCCUGUGGAUGUGCUGGGAUGCUCAAGGGAUUAUGGCUGGCCUGUAUCAAACCUUCCCCAUUUUGUAGUCCUUCCUUCAUGGAGUAAAAUAAAAGUGGAACAGUGCCAAUCCGAUGUAUGGUUGAUUUUCUAUGAAUUUAUAACAGAAGCGUAGCGUAUGUAGUGUGUGUGUGUGUGUGUGUGUGAAGUUUGUACAAACUGAAUGAUUUGGGGGGGGAGGUUUUUCUGCGACACAGGCAAACCUGUUUAGGGAAGUUUUUAAUGUCUGAUGUUCUGUUGUGCUGUUGGGAGCUGCCCAGAGUGGCUGGGGAAACCUGGCCAGAUGGGCAGGGUAUAAGCAAUAAAGUAGUAGUAGUAGUAGUAGUAUCUGAGACGGACUAAUAUCUGAGACCUCCAGGUAUAGGGCAGUAUAUAAAUUCAAUAAAUAAUAUUGACAGACUGACUCUUGCGGCGGACAGCAGCAUAAGCCAACAUAAGCUCUUAAGUGAAAAAAUCUGGAGGGGGAAAAACUGCCUUCGGCACAUGACAUCCCAGGAUCCUAUUCUGCAGCAUGAAGCCUUUGCAUAGUGUUUUGGACGCACCAUUCUCACAGAGAGGAGGCUCCCUGCCUAAUACAAAUUCCUUGGAGGAGGAUGCCUGGCAGGGAGAUUCCUAGAGAGGACGCGAGGAGGAAGAGGCGGGGUUCGGGUGUCUCCAGAGCAACUUGCGAAGCCUCGCAGCCGCUUCCUGCCCCGCCUUCUCGAGUGGGGGGGGGCUCUGGCAAGGGCUGCCCCGGGUGUUUUCCUCCUGGUCGGGUCGGGAGAGCUUUGGGGUGAUUCCUGGGAAAGUGAGGAAGGGAGAGAUCCGGUCAGCAACUGGAAGAAAGGAGGGUUUGGGUGUGCUUCACAUUGGGAAGGUGGAAAGUCUCAUCUACUGGGCUCUCCCCUGUCCUCUGGUGCAUUUCUGCACAUUUCUGCAUUUUAACCUGUAUUUUAAAUUGGGUCCCCCCCCCAUUAUGUUUUUACUGUAAUUUUACUGUUGUUAGCCGCCCUGAGCCCGGCUCUGGCCGGGGUAUAAAUAAUAUUUAUUAUUAUUAUUAUUAUUAUUAUUAUUAUUAUUACUGAGCCCUGUCCAGAGGAAAGAGAUUCACAGGAUCGUAGAAUUGGAAGGGACCCCGAGGAUCGUCUGGUCCAAGGUAGGAAUAUGCAGCUGUCCCAAAGGGAGAUCGAACAUGCAACCUUGGCAUUACGUCUUAGCACCAUGCUCUAACCGACGGAGCUGUCCAGGCUGACUUCUUAGAGAGUCGGUGCAAAACUUUGAAUGGGAUGAGAAGAAAGCAGGAGGGGGGAAAUAUAUCUCCGCCCAGAGGAGUGGAGCCUCCAUGUCUUGAGAAUAUAUACCAGAUAGCAGGCACUGCAGAGAAAUGUUCUGUCUUUACAUGAAACAAAUAUAUAACAACAACAACAGCUAAUUUUAUUGUUUAUACCCCAACCAUCUGGCUGGGUUUCUCCAGCCACUCUGGGCGGCUUACAGUAUAUAUAAAAACAUAAUAAAAACAUCAAGCGUUAAAGACUUCCCCACACAGGACUGCCCCCAGAUGUCUUCUAAAGUUGUAUAAUUCUAGAAAUGUACAUUUAUUGCACAAGUGAGUUUGAAAGUUAAUCAGUUGCCAUUUCAUUAGAUUAGUGGCUGCUUUUCUUUUUUAAAUAUUUUUUAAAAAGAUUUCUUAAUUUACAAAAAAUACAUGUAUUGUCUCUUUUUUCAAGUUGCGUUUUCUACAGAUCAGUUUCAUUUGCUGUGAGGCAUUAGUGUUGUGUACGAUGUUAGGGUAGGAAGAAAGGGGGGAAAGAGGGGGAGGGGCAUGGUGAGUGGGGUCGGUGGUCGGGUGUCAAUGCUUCAGUUCUUGUGUGGGGUUUUGUGUCGGCGUCGUGGCUGCUUUUCUUUAAACUAAGCGUCAUGACAGUUGACAGUUGACCAAGGUUGCCAGUUUGAUCCCUGUACAGGACAGCUGCAUAUUCCUGCAUUGCAGGGAGUUGGACAAGAUAAUCCUCAGGGUCCCUUCCAACUCUGUAAUUCUAUGAUUGUAUAAAGCUGUAUCACCUCCAGCGCCAGGGACUGGAUGCCUCUAGAUACCGGUUGCUUUUGUGCUCACGUGCUUCUUGCAGGCUUCCCACUGGAGAGAGCCAGUGUGGUGUAGUGGUUAAGAGCGAUAGACUCGUAAUCUGGGGAACCGGGUUCGCGUCUCCGCUCCUCCACAUGCAGCUGCUGGGUGACCUUGGGCCAGUCACACUUCUCUGAAGUUUCUCAGCCCCACUCACCUCACAGAGUGUUUGUUGUGGGGGAGGAAGGGAAAGGAGAAUGUUAGCCGCUUUGAGACUCCUGAAGGGGAGUGAUAAAGCAGGAUAUCAAAUCCAAACUCUUCAUCUUCACUGUGAGAACAAGAGGCUGCACAAAAUGGAUCUUUGUCUUGACCCAGCAGCCAGGCUCUUCUUAGCUUUAGAGGACAGACCACUGGGAGGGAUCUUCUGAGUCUCAACCAGAACAAAUAUUUCAAGGAAACUCGCCAACAAGUCUCAUUUUUCUCUGGGUCUUAGCAUUUAACUGCCUUUACUUCUGGAGGAUGUCCUGGUUGAUAUUCAGAUUCAUCUACAUUUCCAGGGAAAAUCUUCCUCUCCAGAAAGGUAUAACUCACUCACCAAACCAUUUGUUCAUUUUGCAGGAACCUCCAUUUUGGACAGCCUCUAGCAGAAGAGGGAGAGGUCUUUUGGGCCCAGUCAGAGACUUCCUUAGAAUAGAGAUCAAGGAUGGAAAAGGAAGAUUCAGCUGCCCACGAAGCAGGAAGAAGUCCUUGUACAAACCAGGCUGGCAGCCCCAGGGAAUUCUGGGAAAGAACAGUGCAGAAGGUCCUGGGGAAGGAGGACACUCUCGGCUCAGAUGUGCAGCGCCAGCGUUUCAGACAGUUCUGCCACCAAGAGGCCAAAGGGCCCCGAGAGGUUUGCAGCCAACUCCACCAUCUCUGCUGUCAGUGGCUGAAACCAGAGCGACACACAAAGAAUCAGAUCCUGGACCUGGUGAUUCUGGAGCAGUUCCUGACCAUCCUCCCAGAAGAAAUUGAGAGCUGGGUAAGGGAAUGUGGAGCAGAGACCUGUUGCCAGGCAGUGGCCCUGGCCGAAGGUUUCCUCCUGAGCCAGGCCAACGACAAGAAGCAGGCAGAGCAUCAGGUAAAAUAUAGUUUUGUCCUGGUACUUCCAAGGGGCUCAGAAUCCGAGGGACAGUGGGCUAACACUCUCUGUAAUUGUCAAACCUUUUCUGGGAUUCAUCCACGUAGGAAUGUCCCAACUACCUUUAUUAAUCCUUCUUCCCGUUUUCUGUCUUUGAUCCCUUUAUUGUUAUUUCAGGUAAAGGGUCCAUUUGCAGAAGUGUCUGAAGAUUUCUCUGCACCGGAGAAGGUUCUGUCAGAGACCAAAUGCAAUCUCUUGCAAAGGGAUAAUGUUCAGGAGAUAGACAGACAUGCCACCUCACUGGGUAAAGACUAACUUCAUCUCCUUCUAUUGAUUAUGCUAUAAAUUCUUGGGAUGUGUUUUUGUUCUUUGGAAACUUGGUUCAAAAGUGAAUUGGCAUCCAAUACUUGAGAAAUUAAACCAGUGUUACUGGCUUCACACUUACAAUUGUCUUUCACAGGUGAUGAAAUGAGGCUGGCAAGACCUCCUCGGGCUUCUCCUUUUUGCGAUGGUCAAGAAGCAGCUGCUGUGGAACCAGAUCAGGUAGGUGGAUCGAUCAGUGUUGAAAGAGGCUUGGAACCACCUAGGGACCUUAUUUUUCUGCUCGCCCCUAAACAGAUUUCUCUCCUCCUCUUUUCUUCUUUCAAAGCAGCCUGCCUAGGAGGCUGUGAAUACCAUUAAAGAAUGUUUAAGUUCCUCAGGAUAAUAAUAAUCUUUCUUUGGAGAAUGUUAUGGGUUUUGGUAGUCCAUUAAGGGAACAAAAGAGAAGGCAAGUUGCACAACAGUACUGGGCCUGGUAUGGGGGCAAGAAGUGAAGGACGCUGAGUGGGGUAUUUGUAAACAAUGACAGAGGUUUGAGUAAAGCAGGGGUGGAGUACUACUGUGAGGAAAAUUGUGGUUUUUAACAAUAGUAGAGGUUUGAGUACAGAACUGUGGGAUAUUUGAAGGAGCCAGUGUGGUGUAGUGGUUAAGAGUGGUAGACUCAUAAUCUGGUGAACCGGGUUCGCGCCUCCGCUCCUCCACCUGCAGCUGCUGGGUGACCUUGGGCCAGUCACACUUCUCUGAAGUCUCUCAGCCCCACUCACCUCACAGAGUGUUGUGGGGGGAGGAAGGGAAAGGAGAAUGUUAGCCGCUUUGAGACUCCUUCGGGUAGUGAUAAAGCGGGAUAUCAAAUCCAAACUCCUCUUCUUCUCCUUCUCCACAUCCUAUAUCUCUUCUCUCUCACAUGAGGCAGCUGAAGAAUGGGAGAGGGAGAAGUUUGAGUACAGCAAGAAGGAAGAGACACUGAAAGAGGCGGGGGAAACAAUGACAGAAGUUUGAGUAAAGCUGGGGGUGGAGGGACAGAGAGGAGAAUGAUGGUUUUAAACAACAGAUCUUUCAGUAAAGUGGAAGUAGAGGACACACAGGAAAAUGGCAGUUUUAAACAGCAGAGUGAGCAGAAAGUAACACUGAGGGCGGGGGAAGUGGCACUUUAAAGAAUAAUUCAAAUACCGCAAGAAGAGAGUUGGGAACAGAUUUGUUGUGUUAGCUUUUUUGGUGUUGUCUGUGUUGUCCCCAUCAUUGAUAUUUCUCCUUGUUAAAACUGGUUUGGUUUUUUUAAAGGACCAACUGCUCUUUGUCUUUCCAUCAGUGCUUUACUCAAACCUCUGCCUGUUUACCCCCCCCUUUUAUUUGUCUAUCUGCCCCUCGACACCCACUUUACUCAAACUUCUGCUGUUGUUUGAGUACGGUGAGAAGGGGGAGACCCUGAAUGAAAAAAGCUGGCUGUUUUAAACUUCUCCCUUUUCCAUUCUACAGCUGCCUCAUGUGAAAGAAAUAAAAGAUGUGAAGCCCUCAAAUAUUCCAUAGUACCUUCAAACAAUGUAUUUCACUCCUGGCAUCAUGCAUUCCGUGGGAUGUGGGUGGCGCUGUGGGUUAAACCACAGAGCCUAGGGCUUGCCGAUCAAAAUGUCGGCGGUUCGAAUCCCCAUGACGGGGUGAGCUCCCGUUCUUCAGUCCCAGCUUCUGCCAACCUAGCAGUUUGAAAGCACGAAGUGCAAGUAGAUAAAUAGGUACCACUCCGGUGGGAAGGUAAACGACGUUUCCGUGCGCUGCUCUGGUUCGCCAGAAGCGGCUUAGUCCUGCUGGCCACAUGACCCGGAAGCUGUACGCCGGCUCCCUCGGCCAAUAAAGUGAGAUGAGCGCCGCAACCCCAGAGUCGGCCACGACUGGACCUAAUGGUCAGGGGUCCCUUUACCUUUACCAUGCAUUCCAGAUUCAGUGUAGCUAUUUAGAAGAAUUUAUUUUUUUUUUUUUAAAAAACAACCCACCCAUAUAUGUUCAACAUCCGUCAAUUGAACUAAAUUUUUCUAACUGAACAAGCUAACUGACUGGCUUGCUCUUAAGAUUCUAUCCAUCUUAAAGAUGCAGUAACACAUUUUAGCAUGGGGGGUGUGCGCAAAGGGGGCUGCACAAUAGAAGAAGGGAUAAGGCAUGGACAUGGGAGUGUGUAAGAGAGUUGAGAAACAUAGGAAGGAGGGUGGAGGAGGGGAAAGUGAAGUUGAAGACAGGGGUGCAAGGGGAGUUGCAAUAAAUGAGGGAGUGGAAAGGGAAUUGAUGGUGAAAUAAAGGGCAUGAAAGGAUCUGAAGAACAGGAAGUGAUGGUGGCUUCAUAAUUGGGCAGAAGCUGGAAAGGGUGCUUAACAGUUGCAACAUGUGGGAGGAGGAAGAUACAGGAGAUUACCAUGAGAGUGUUUUUUGUCUUCUUCUUUUGGGAAUAAGAACAGUGAGUCUGUAAGUGAUUGUGGAGGCCAGUUCUGGAUCCACAAGUCCUUCCACAGAGGGGACAUAGGUUUCUGGGCGGGAGUUGAUCACAGUGAGGGUUUGCCAAGCGUGCCUUCCUCUUAGCAUUUCCCCCCCUUUUGUUCUGAGUUUGAAUGUCUUCAAAGUCCAUGACACCUUUGGUAAAGGCUGUUCUCCAAUUGGAACUCUCACAGGCCAAUGUUUCCCAGUUGUUGUCAUUUAUACUACAUUUCUUAAGAUUUGCCUUGAGAGAGUCUUUAAACCUCUUUUGUUUACCACCAGCAUUGCACUUUCCAUUUUUAGGUUCGGAAUAGAGUAGUUGCUUUGGAAGACAAUCAUCAGGUGCUUUUUGUGCAACAGUAGUUGCACACUAUAGCUAGCUUAAUAGUUGCUUGGGGUUAGAAGGAGAAGCUCAAGGGAGUUAAUGGGGCGAAUGGGAAGGGAAUUCAUGAGUGGAAUGAGCAUAGACACUGCUCCUAGCUAUUAUUAUUAUUAUUAUUAUUAUUAUUAUUAUUAUUAUUUAUACCCUGCCCUCUCCAGCCAAGGCCGGGCUCAGGGUGGCUAACAAGCAAUAAUAAAAACAAAUUGAAUGAAUACAACUUAAAAACAAGAUUAAAAUACAACAUUAAAAUAUUGAAACAUUAAAAUAUUAAAAUGCAGCCUCAUCACAGGAGGAGAAAGGAAAAAAGAAAGAGGGGGAGGGAAUCAAAUUGGCUCCAAGCCAAAGGCCAGGUGGAACAACUCUGUCUUACAGGCCCUGCGGAAAGAAAUCAGAUCCUGCAGGGCCCUGGUCUCAUGAGACAGAGCGUUCCACCAGGCCGGAGCCAGUGUUGAAAGGCCCUGGCUCUGGUUGAAGCUAAUCUAACUUCUUUAGGGCCUGGGACCACUAGGGUGUUGCUAUUUAUGGACCUUAAGGUCCUCCGUGGGGCAUACCGGGAGAGGCGGUCCCGUAGGUACGAGGGUCCUAGGCCUGAAGGGCUUUAAAGGUCAAAACCAGCACCUUAAAUCUGACCCUGUACUCCACCGGGAGCCAGUGCAGCUGGAAAAGCACUGGGUGAAUAUGCUCCCAUGGCAGAGACCCAGUGAGGAGCCUCGCUGCAGCAUUCUGCACCCGUUGGAGUUUCUGGGACAGCUUCAAGGGCAGCCCCGCGUAGAGCGAAUUACAGUAGUCAAGCCUGGAGGUGACCAUCGCAUGGAUCACUGUGGCCAGGUCAGGGCGGGAAAGGUAAGGGACCAACUGCUUGAUGCGGCGAAGGUGGAAAAAUGUCGCCUUGGCUGUUGCUGUAACAUGCGCCUCCAUGUUUGGGCGUCAAGGAUUACACCCAAACUCUUAACGGAAGGUAGCACUAAUUGGGCCCCCGCAAGAGAAGGGAGUUGGUCCCUCAUCCCCAUAGUUAUCUAUAAAGUAGCAACUAUUUUCCUUUCUUUCAGGGUCUAGGGUGGUUUGAGGAGUUUUCUGUGUAUUUUACCGAGGAGGAGUGGGAUCUGCUGAAUCCUGACCAGAAAGCUCUGUAUAAAGAAGUCAUGGAGGAGAACUGUUACAGAACCCAUUACAAAAUCCACACAGGAAAGAAACCAUACAAAUGUUUAGAGUGUGGAAAGAGCUUUUGUCAAAGUUCGGACUUCAUUACCCAUAAAAGGAUCCAUGUAGGGGUGAAACCAUUUAAAUGCUUGGGAUGUGGAAAGGGCUUCUGUCAGAAGACACUUCUCGCUACCCAUCAAAGAGUUCACACGCAGGAGAAACCGCAUAAAUGCUUGGAUUGUGGAAAGGACUUUCGUUACAGUUCUGCCCUUAUUACUCAUCAAAGGAUCCACACAGGCAAAAAACCGUAUAAAUGCUUGGAAUGCGGAAAGAGCUUCUGUCAGAAGAUAAGUCUCAUUUCUCAUCAAAGAAUUCACACAAGGGAAAAACCACAUAAAUGCUUGAAAUGUGGAAAGAGCUUUCGUCACAGUUCGGCCCUAACUACCCAUCAAAGGAUCCAUACAGGGGAGAAACCAUAUAAAUGCUUGGAAUGUGGAAAGACCUUUCGACACAGUUCUGCCCUAACUACCCAUCAAAGGACACACACAGGGAAGAAACCAUAUAAAUGCUUGGAAUGUGGAAAGGACUUUUGUCAGAAGAUAAAUCUCACUAGUCAUCAAAGAAUUCACACAGGAGAAAAGCCAUUUAAAUGUUUGGAGUGUGGAAAGAGCUUUGGUCAGAGGGCUUACCUUACUUUCCAUCAGAGAAUCCACAAGGGGGAGAAACCACAUAAAUGCUUAGAGUGUGGAAAAAGCUUCAUGCAGAAGAGAAGGCUCACUUCCCAUCAGAGAAUACAUACGGGGGAGAAACCGCAUAAAUGCCCAGAAUGUGGAAAGAGCUUCUGUCAGAAAGCAGAUCUCACUAUUCACCAAAGAAUUCACACGGGGGAGAAACUACACAAAUGCCUGGAGUGUGGAAAGAGCUUCUUACGAAAGACACAUCUCACUACUCAUCAGAGAAUUCACACUGGGGAGAAACCGCACACAUGCUUGGAGUGUGGAAAGGGCUUCAGUCAGAAGGCGCAUCUCACUACUCACCGAAGAAGUCACACGGGGGAGAAGCCACACAAAUGCCUGGAGUGUGGAAAGUGCUUCACAGAGAAAAGAGCUCUUACUUCUCAUCAAAAAAUCCACACAGGGGAAAAGCCACAUAAAACUUUCAAGCAUGAAAAGGUCUUUCCUCACAGUUGCGACCUUAUUACUAGGCCUACCCAAGGCAGAACGGCUGGCAGUAGCAACAGCUGCAGCAACACAGUCCAGACUGAUUUGCCCCCAGUCAUAUUAGUCCAUCUUCCUCCUAGUACUGCUUGUGUUGGACAACAUCAGCCACCUAUCCCGAUUCCUAACUUUCCUGAAUCUUCUGGUCGCGGGGACAACCCUUCUCCUACUGCCGGGGUAUUGUUUGAGGAGGCAGGAGGCCCUGGCAGCAGCAGUCUUGCAGAAUCAUCCACUUUAGUGAGCGAAGGGAGACAGCUUAGCCCACUGGUGGACAUCAGCUUAUCUGAGGAAGUGUCUGUAUUAGAUGCCCUCAGCUUGAUUGAAGGUGAAGAUCUGUUCCACUCCUCUUCCCUAGGCAGAGGUGCUUCUGUCUGGAACCCUGUGGAGCAGGAGCAGCAGGAACACACCCCACCAGUGCCGCAAGGGGGUACCUCCCACGGUUCCCCCACUGUUCCUGGGGUGGCGCUGACCCCCCAGACCGAAAGCAGCCAGCCCGAUUCACCACAGAAGCGGCAGAGCAUCGUGUGGGACCACUUUGAGGUGGGAGUGGAUCCCAGCACCGCCGUCUGCAGCCACUGCAGGCGGGUCAUGAGCAGGGGCAGAGACGCAGCACAUUAUAGUACCAGCAGCCUGCGCUUGCACCUGCAGAGGCAGCACCCGUCCAUCGUGCUAGGAGCACAGGAAGCCAAGUCCCAGCCGUCGGGGAGCAAGGGCAAAUGGGUGGCAACCUAGUGCCAGGAGUAAGGGCAAAGUCCUCUGCCAAAUCUCUUGUCUCCCCUCAAGCCAAGACGCUUAGGCCGGCAACGGUGGGGAGGAGGUGGAACAAAGGGAGGUGGGCCACGAGGUGGAGGUUUUGAACACCAGACCUGAUCGCAAAAUGCAUGGAAGACGCUUGUGAUGAAAUGGAUUGGCAUCAGAACUAAAACCAUAUGCAUGUAACCAAGUGUUUGGUAAGAGCAAUUUAAAGUAGUUCAUAGGUAACAAUAAAUAAUAAACAUGGAAUUAAUAAACCUAAUAAAACAAUUUAGCCAAAUAUAUGCAAUGUAUUAAAACUCUACUUGGCGUCAAAUGCUUUUUGACUUUUAGGUCUUCUAGAGUGGUCCUCAUUACAUAUCGGUAUGUAAAGCCACUUUUUGGCUUGAAUAAUAUCACAUGUUGGAAAACAGUUUACAAAUAAUGGCAAAUAUAUGUAUCUAAUAGCGUUUAUUAUAUCUAACAAUAUUGAUUCUGUAUUUGCAGGUGUUGCACUGCAUGGGUGUUGUUUGUUAAAAUUAUUUGCUACGUUAAAUUAUUCUUAUCAGAUAAUUGGUUAUGUGUAUAUGAUUUUAGGUGUUAUCCCAAACUGUUGUUUCAGAGCAACCUGAUGGCUCUUGUGGACUUAUUUUAUGCACUAUUGUGUCACACUACCUUAAACGGGAGAAUGGUGCCCUCCCAGUGCUGGCAUGCAGGGAGAAAGUGUGUUCCCUUGUAGGCAGGGUUGCCUUUCUCAUAUAAGCCCAUGGGACUGCUUCGGUCUUCAGAAUAGGCGCUGUUACCAGUGCCACAUAAUCCUCAGUUGUGAAAAAUCAAUAUUUCAGUGCAGCAGCAUCUACACAUUGGAACUCCCUGCCUAUUGACACCAGACAGAUGCCUUUGCUGUACUCUGUUUCGCUCCUGUUUAAAACAAUUUUAUUUAGGCAAGCCUAUCCAGACACGUAGAUGUUGAUGUCUUUGAAUCCUUUUCACUCUUAAUUUCAGUGAUCUGUAAAUGUUUUCUGUUGUUUUGAACUGUUUUCAUUGAUACUUUUGAUAUUUCUUGAAACCCACCAAGAGGUUUUACUACAGUUAUACGAUUUUUGUUAAAUAAAAUAAAAACCAGCCGGGGACCACAUGCCACAUGGCCGGAGACAAAAGUGAUGUGAGUUUUGUAUUCCAGCCACAAAACAAGCCAGAGAAUUCUUCUCCCACUUGCGUCCAUCUUGGCAUACAAGAGGCACCAACACAAUUUAGUGACCUAUUCCAGCCAGGCAAAAGCACUUGAGAGGUAUGUGUGUGGGAAUGUUGUGGAUAGUAGGAGAGGAUAUAUUGAUUAUAUAUUAUUCUUCCACACUCAUGCUAGUGGGUUACAUAUAGCAGAGCUCAUUCCCCAUUUACACAGCAAGAAGCUAGUUUGCAGAUUCAUAUGAAUCUCUAAGCUAUCCAAUCUGGCAUGCCCAGAUUGGCGUAUAUUCCUGGUAAGACCCCUUUGAUUCCUGCCUAAAAGAAUAAAGACACAAGAAUCUUCCUUGUAAGUAAUGAAUAGUUUACUUACAUUCUGUUCACAGUAUGCUCUCUGAAGACAUGCUUUAGCUUGUAGUUACAAAAGAAGACGUGGAUUUAUCCCAUAUGGGGAUUUAUCCCAUGUGCUGCUGGCCAAGAUCCCAUUUUAGUUUUUGGGCUGUGUGUCCGAGACAGUCAAUCUCUUGGGCUUGAAGCUUUGGGGGGCUUUGGUUCCUAAAUACAAUGUUG